AUGUCCGACUCAAGUCCAAAGUCGACGCAAUCAAGCAAUACCCCAACCGAAUUCGAGGAGGACGGAGUAUUCGUGGCUCUCACUCACGAUACAUUGGAUGCCGCUUCUAUCAUGAACAAAGUACGGAGUCCAAAAGCUGGUGCAAUCGUGCUGUUCGCUGGAACCACUCGCGACAACUUUGGUGACAAGCCCGUAGUUCAUCUGGCUUACGAAGCAUAUGCUCCUCUCGCUAUCAAGACCAUGGCAAAGAUUGCACGUCAAAUCAAAGACAAGCAUGGCCUGAAUGGCGUGGCAAUGAUCCAUCGUCUGGGUGUUGUGCCCAUUGCGGAGGAAAGCAUAUUGAUCGCCGUUUCAUCGCCACACAGACAAGCAGCAUGGAGAGCAGGGGAGGAAGCGCUCGAGCUGACCAAGGAGAAGGUUGAAGUAUGGAAGUUGGAAGAGUUUGGCGGCGAGGAAGGCGGUGUGUGGAGAGCGAACAGAGAUGGGCAGGCAGGUGUGAAGAUCAGCAAUUGA